CUGACAUACAAUCUCAUAAACCUUCAAUAAUGUAUCCAUUUGGCAUACAUCAUCAUGGUCAAGUCAUCAUCAUGAAUCUGUAAAUCUUCAUAUCAACACACCACUUUCAAUUCUAAAUCCCUAGUGAAACAUGAUUCCCAAGCAGAGAAGUUAGGAAAAAAUGGCCACAGCAAAAUUUGAAGAAUCGGGUUUACCCGUUGGAAUAGAUCUUGGCACAACUUACUCUUGUGUUGGAGUCUUCAGACAUGGAACUGUUGAUAUAAUCGCCAAUGACCAGGGAAACCGAACUACUCCAAGUUACGUCGCGUUCACAGAGGUAGAGAGGAUGAUCGGCGAUCCUGCCAGAGGACAAGUUGCUAUGAACCCUACUAACACCGUAUACGACGCCAAAAGACUGAUAGGAAGAAGAUUUGACGAUCCAGUGGUGCAGCAAGAUAUGAAGCACUGGCCAUUCGAAGUGAUCAAUGAUCGCGGAAAGCCGAAGAUAAAGGUCCAGUACAAAAACGAGAUGAAGACGUUCUUUCCUGAAGAGAUUUCCUCUAUGGUGUUGAGCAAGAUGAAAGAAACUGCCGAGGCUUUCCUGAACGAACAUGUCACCAAGGCCGUUAUCACUGUACCAGCUUAUUUCAACGAUUCUCAGCGUCAGGCCACCAAAGAUGCUGGUACCAUUGCGGGCCUUGAUGUACUGAGGAUAAUAAACGAACCUACAGCAGCAGCUAUCGCUUAUGGACUUGAUAAAAAAAGUGAUGACGAUAGGCACGUUCUGAUCUUUGAUUUGGGUGGAGGAACUUUCGACGUAUCUAUCCUAUCGAUUUCUGGAGGGAUCUUCGAAGUUAAAACUACUGCUGGAGAUACACAUCUUGGUGGUGAAGACAUCGAUAAUAGGAUGGUCGAAUAUUUCAUGGACGAGUUCAAGAGAAAAACCAAGAUUGAGGUGAAAGGUAACAAGAGGGCUUUGAGGAGGCUACAAAGUGCCUGUGAGAGAGCUAAGAGGACAUUAUCAUCAGCAACCCAAGCUUCCAUAGAAAUCGAUUCUUUAUCAGAUGGAGUCGAUUUGUAUACAGGAAUAACCAGAGCAAAAUUCGAGGAGAUAAACAACGACAUAUUCAUGAGGACUUUGGAACCCGUGGAUAAAGCCCUGAAAGACGCCAAGAUGGCGAAAACCAAAAUCGACGACAUAGUUCUUGUUGGCGGUUGCACGCGGAUCCCUAAAAUCCAAGCUCUACUAUCCAACUUCUUUCAAAACAAGGAAUUGAACAAAUCAAUCAACCCCGAUGAAGCUGUGGCUUACGGAGCUGCGGUACAGGCAGCCAUUUUGACAGGAGAUAAAUCAGAUGUCGUCAAAGAUGUGCUGUUAUUAGACGUCACGCCACUAUCACUAGGAAUCGAAACAGCGGGAGGAGUUAUGACAAUUUUGAUAAAAAGAAAUUCAACAAUCCCAGCGAAACACACACAAAUAUUCUCGACGUUCUCUGAUAAUCAGCCAGGAGUACUUAUUCAAGUUUUCGAAGGGGAAAGGUCGCUAACAAGGGACAACAAUCUUUUAGGAAAAUUUGAUCUGAUGGGAAUACCUCCUGCUCCAAGAGGAAUACCUCAAAUAGAGGUGGCUUUCGAUAUAGAUGCAAAUGGGAUAUUGACAGUAACAGCUUGUGAAAUAGCCACAGGGAAUAAGAGUAACAUAACCAUAACAAACGAUAAAGGUAGAUUGUCGAAAGAUCAGAUACAGAAAAUGAUUGCUGAUGCCGAAAAAUUCAAAGAACAUGAUCAAGAGAUGAGAGCUGCGAUUUCCUCAAAGAAUGACUUGGAGUCGUACAUUUAUCAAAUGAGGACCCUUGUUAACGAUCCAAACGUUGCAAUCAAAUUGAGGGCAGAGGACAAGACGAAAAUUAAUAAAAUGUGCUCUGAAAUCAGUGAUUGGAUGAACACUGAUGAUGUCAAGAGUGAGAAAGAUUAUGUGAUGAAAAAACAAGAGCUAGAAAACUUGUGCAAACCAAUUAUUGCUAGUCUUUAUUCAGCGGGAGCAGGUCCGCAAUUUCCACAGUUUUCCAGGCCUGAUAAUGAUGAUGGUCCAAUAAUAGAUGAAGCUGACUGAAAGUUCGUUCUUGCUGAUUCAAUACUGGAAAGAUUGAAGAUAAGAAGUUUCCAUAUGGAUAUAUUUGAGCAAUACUCCAGAGUUCAGUUUCUCCCAAAAAUUAUUGAA